UAAGCUUUAGAAAAAUAAAUUAACAUUUAUCAAAAAACUAUUAAUUUUUAUUUUAAAAAAUUAUAAUUUCAUUAUUUUUUAACAAAUAAAAUAAGUAGUAGUUAUCAGUUAUGACUGAAAAUAGUAUAUCAGUAUUGUUUGUAACAAACGAUUCGGUCGGUCACGUAAACUCGUGCAUCGGUAUCGGUCAACAAUUAUCGGGAGCCGGACAUAAGGUUACGUUUAUGAUUUCACGUCAGUGGUCGGGAAAACUAGAGAAAUAUGGUUUUCAAGUAAUAUACUAUGAUAUUAAUGGCGACAAAAUCAAUGCCGAUGAAGAUCCGGCCAAACUAUGGGCUCUAAUACUACAAGAAGAGGGCUGUUUUGUAGACCAGCCGUCCAUCGAUAAGAUGGUUAACAUUAAAACAAUACAUAUAAAUAAAUUUUGUCAGAAUUCCCGUCAAAUGGAUCCCAUUAUUGAAGAUACUAUUGAUAUUGUAAGACCUGAUCUGAUAGUAUUAGACCAGGUCAUAGGCUAUCCAUCGGUUGAACAGUCGGGUGUGCCCUGGGUUUUGUCGUGCAGUAGUAAUCCAUUGUUGAUAAUUGAUGACAAAAGGACACCACCAUAUGGAUCAGGAUAUUCAAUAAAUGGCGACAAAAAUCAGUGGCAAUUGUAUAGGAAAACUGUUAGCGACGCCACCCGUGAAAUAUGGCACGAGUUUAACAAUUAUUUUAUGCGUAAAGGAUGUAAACCGUUACCCGAUUGUCAAUACUUUCAUUUGUCUCCUUAUCUUAAUAUAUAUCACUAUCCGAUUGAAUUAGAUUACACUGAUUGGAGACCAUUGCCCGAAAAUGUCUAUAGAUUUGAUAGCUUUAUGCGAAAUGAAAAGAAAGACAAACGGUUUGAAUUACCGGAGCAAUUGCGAGACAAACCGGGAAAACUUAUUUACUUUUCGUUAGGAUCUAUGGGUGCUGUUGUUGUCGAAAAUAUGAAACGUCUGGUCGCUAUAAUGGCUAAAUCAAACAAUCGGUUUAUCGUAUCGAAAGGUCCGCUUCAUAAUGAGUAUGACUUACCCGAUAACAUGUGGGGUCAGCAAAGUAUACCACAACUACAAGUACUGCCAAUAGUCGAUUUGGUCAUUACUCACGGCGGCAACAAUACAGUUACCGAAACCAUGUAUUUCGGUAAACCUAUGAUUGUAUUACCACUGUUUGUCGAUCAGUUCGAUAACGCACAGUGUGUUGAGGACAAUGGUUUCGGUAUACGAUUGGAUCUCCACUCGUGUACUGAAAAUGAGUUGUUAUCUGCAAUCGACAAACUAUUAUCUGAUAAACAACUUCACGAAAAGUUGGCUAAAAUUUCUAAACGUAUUCAAUCGGAUAAUAGUCAGAGAAAAUUGCCAAAAAUAUUUGAAAAUCUUCUCUAUACUAUGUCUAUGUAUCGUAUAAUUUAA